GGUAUCCAUUUAACUUGUCCGGUUUUACAGUGCUCAUAUUCAGAAGCUCAUUGGUUAUCAUCGCUUUUAUUUAUCGCUAUUGUUCUCCAUUUCAUCGUCUGUCUGAAUGUAAUUAUCUUCCAACCCAUUUCGGAGUGAACAUGAGACUCGUCGGACUGACGCAUGAAUGCGCCUCGCUAAUUCUCAUCCGCUUGCGUAACGCGGUUUUAGCGCCAUUUAACUCAACAAUUCAACGCGACGCGCUGCGAUUAAUCGAUCGCUGGGAAACAGGACAUCUCUUUAGAGCUAACAUGUGAAGAGAUGCACUCAGAUUAAAAAAACAACAACUUGUCUGUCCGCAGUUUUGGGGCAGCAGACGUGCAGUCCAGCUGCGCGGGAAUAAUAAUCCCUGUUUUAAUCUGCUUUAGCAGGUGGUGAUCCGAACCUCUGGUUCUGAGGCCAGCCGAGGCCAGGAGGCGUGACACAGUUCAGCUUUGAUUUAUUUAUUCAAAUCUAUCGUCACCUUCUGUGUAGUGUGAAAAUAAAGCCUUAAAUUUGUGCGCUGAGAAAAGAAAGUGACGCAUUUUGUCCAGCUGUGGUUAUUGAGCCUCUUGCGCUCAUAUGUUGUUCAUGUGAGGAGAAGCAGGCCGCGCUUAGGUGAUGAAGGCCUAAAUAGUGCGGAUUAUUGCCCCACUCUCCCUCUCUUAGCCUAUUUCCAGCUUCAGCCUCGUUUCGUUUCAGUCUCUGCUGCGGAAAACAUGAGCACAGCGGGCGUUCACCGAGGAUUCCUCCGGAAAUAUGGAGGCUUCAUGUUCAAGCAGUGGAAGGAGAAGUACCUGGUGCUCACCAUGGAGGGGAGCCUGCUGGUGUGCCGGGACGCUGAGUCUCCACCGGACCAGGUGGUGGCGCUACAGUCCAACUGUGAGUCGAUUGCGGAGGGACGGGAAAUCCUGGACCUGCCCAGACUGCCCCCGGGGGGCAGGAGAGACUGCUGCUUUGCCCUCAUCCUGCCCCAGAACAAGUUCCUGCUGCUUCUGUCGGACAACCCCGACGACUGCAUUCUUUGGCUGAAGCUAAUCAGGAAAGUGAGAGAGGGUGUGACGUCACCUUUGACCCUUCAGAGACAGCAAAGCCUCACUCCUUGCAUCACAGACAGAGAGCCGCUGCCGGACUCCUCCAGCGACAAGGAGCCCGGAUCACCCAGGGCUGCUGGAGCGACGCCGCCUCUGAGCCGCGUCACUGAGAGAGGAGGCUCGUUCAGAGACCGACAGCAAGCUGCUGGACCGAGGCAGCCCCUGCGGAGCAACUCCGUCGCCCCGCCUCAUCGCGUGUCUGACUGCCUUCGCCAUGGCAACAGCAGCGACGCGCGGGCGGUGCGGGCGGUGUGUCUGCUGAUGGGCGGGGCGGCGGCCUCCUCCGCGUUAGGCUACCUCAGCUCCUGCUCCCCGUCCUCGCCGCUGGCCAGCCGGGCCCCGGACGUGGCCCCAGGCUCCGGGGCCUUCUCCGAUCUCCCCGCCGGCGGCUCCUUCCAUGCCUGCAGCCAGGACGUCGACUCCCCGCAUUUCAACACCUUCGACUUUGAAGGAGACUCCGACUUUGAUGCAUUUGACUGCGGAGGAUUUGCCUUUUAAAAGGAACUGUUUAUGUGACCGGUUCUCUGAGCACACUGCAAAAACAAACUGGUUUUUAUCUAGUUUCUAGUGGAAAUAUGUUGGUACACGUGAAAUAAGACAAAACUAACUUACAAGUUACUUUUCAGCAAGAUUUAGAAGCUCGUUUUAGAUAAAUAAUUCCGAGUAUUACCGACAGGUUAUUUCGUUUAUGAGGGAAAUGUUUUGCUUUAAAGUUGAACUGGUACUUUUUUAAUUGAAUAUUAACUUAAAGCAAUCUCCUAAAAAUUUUACCUGUAAAUUAGUUUUGUCUUAUUUCACGAGUACAAAACCAUUUGCAGUAAAAACUAGACAAAAACACAUGGUAAAAUGUUGUUCUUCACUGCAAAAACACAA